AUGUAUACUCGAGUGCACGAUAUACGAGUGCCGCGGAAAAGUGGCGGAUAGAACAACCCCACUUGGUCUCUCCGGGCCGGGUGCGGCCUUUCCCUUCGGUCUAUAAAGACACUAGAAGUCCACUUCCACCGAACAUUCGCUCGGCACUCCGUCACUCAUUUGCUCACCAUGUGGCUGCUUGUUCUUGCAGGUCUUCUGACAGUCUCCGUCGGAGAGGAGACUGUUGCCAGCGUUGCCAAGAAGACGGAGUCGUCACUGGUUAACGCCGAUGACAUCGUUAUGCUGGAGGUCGAUGUCAAAGAUCCCGUCAAGAGAUCGCCAGUGUCAGGCAGUGAUGUCUACGGAGGUUCAGCCAAUCAAUUUGUCAUUCGGCAUGGUGAUAACUCUCAAGAGCUGUCACCCGAGUACUUGGCAGUCUUGCGACAAUUCGCUGGAACUGAACCGCAACCAUACGUAAGCUCGAAUAAUGCGCCUCAACGCAGACCCCUUCCACCUUACGCCAAACAGCAGCAAGCGCUACAACAAGCCUAUUACAAUUAUCGCAAACCCGCCGUGGUUCCUCCCAGACCGAGACCUCAGUUGCAUCCGCAGGCGUUAGCCCAGGCACAGGCACUAGCGCAGAGUCCAUUGCAACCGCACGGUCCAUCCGGAGCAUCCACGUACCAAGUAGAGUCUUACACUUCACCAAAAUUGGGCAGCUUCGAGCAGGAACUGUUGCAAUUGGUAUCUGCCAAUCAGGCUCAGGAGUUCAAUCUGAUUCCCACGCAACCCAAGAAUACUUAUCCACAACAAGAAUACGUUAAACCAACGGCGGCACCGACACCUCAGGUACCCGAACAGUAUCACAUCGAGACGAGUCCGCCACCGCGUUAUCCACCGCAGCAGCGGAUAGCAGCCACGUAUCAGUCGAUUCAGCAACCAGUUCAGAUACAGUAUCAAACAGCGCAAGCAGAUUACCAACAAGCAAAGAACGUCCAACCCUUCAGGCCGUCUCCGCAAUACGACUACGUGGACGAUGGUAGUCAGCUUAAAGCUGAGGCCGAGGCAAAUGCUAGAGCUCAAGCCCAGGCCGAGGCACAAGCCCUAGCCUUUCAGAAGAUCGCCCAGGCGUCAUAUCAAAAGCAUCGCGAGGCUGCUAUAGAGCAGAUCAGACUUGAUCAUGAGAGAUACAGGCAGCAGCAGAGCGCUUUGGAGCAAAUUCAACAGGGGGAUCAUGUCAGCGAGGCUGGACGUGCUCACCUCGAAGGUCAACUGGAGCCUAAGGAUCCAGAAGCUGCCUACAAGGCAAAGUUGAGGGCACAGGCGGCUGCCGAGGCCGCCGAGGCCAGAAGGAUUCAGACAGAAGCUGAAUUCAAAGCUCAUUCCGAUGCCCUGCGCCAAGUCGAAGCUCAACAGCAGGCCACUGUGCAGGCGCAAGAGAAGGCACAUGUCGAUGCUUUAAACUUCGAGAGAAAUCAAUUGCGCGCUCAGGCUCAAGCUCAGGCAAUAGCGCAGGCUCAGGCGGAAGCAUUGUACAAGGCCUAUCAGCAAUCACGCGCCAAAGCUAACAACGAAAUUUUGGCGGCCGCCAGAGCUAAUGAACAGGCUAAGAAACUGGAUCCCGAGGGCGCACCGGUUAUUCAGUUUCUCUUGCCCAAUACUCCGAAACUUCCGUCACCGAAUAGCUAUUUCACCAAUGACGAUACAAGCAAGUAUCAAGCUUCCGGUUCCACUUACGUUCCUAGAUCAGUGGCUAAGCCCGAGUCCAGCGAUUCUACCACUCAAGGGCAGAUCUACGUUCAGCCCAUUAUCAAUCAACCACGUCAAGCACACAAGCUAAAGACUCCACCGACGCAGUCCUCCGUUUAUGUCUCUCAAUCAGGUCUCUUGAAAAAAUCACCUGUUAAAUCCCUCACCAUCGAGGAGAUCAUCGAUCAGGACCAAUUAAACGGUCCGCAAGUCGUACGAAUUCCCUCAUCCAAGCAGCCUCUGACACACGAAGAGUUGUCCGCCCUGAUCGAUGUCGGUUACAGCGUCACCCCGAUACCUCAGACAGUCAAGUCGAGUCAACGUACCUACGCGCCGGAGAAUGCCUCUGCCGCGUACUACUUGAAGAAACAGCGGCCGGUUGCUCGGCCCGAAUACGUCACUUACGAAGAGACUGUACAACGACCGCGGAGACCCAUCAGAAAAAAUACACCCGUCAAUCUUGAACAGGUUGACGCCAAUGCUAGCGAAAAGAUUACCUUCCUGGUGCCUCUAGAGCCCAGUUUUGGCACGAGACAACCGCCACUCAGAAAUAACGAGUAAUCGCGUAUAUCGGGAAAAAUCGUCAGAAAAAAGUGAUGGCGGAGUUUAAUGGCAAAGAAACUUGAACGUCAGUUUUCUUUUGAAAAUUAAUUUUACAUCAGUUGUCGGUGAUUCAAAUAUACACUAUUAAUUUCGUGAAUAAUACGUGAAGAAGAGAGACAUGGAUAUUAAUGUUCGUGACACGGAUUUUUCUAGUCUCUUGUUCUCUUUCAAUAUGGGUUCGCCACACUGAUGUGUUUGAGGCAUUGCCAGUUGCACAAGUGUAACAUAUGGCAUCAAUCGUUAAUCAUAACAUUAUCUCUCUUUGCUAUUUUACGAAUAGUAAAUUUUCUUUUCUAACUAGGUAAAAACAAACGGUUCGAGUUACUUUCUAUGCAACUUCAAUUCUGCACGUUGACGAUACUUUUCAAGUGGUACAUGAAUAUUUAUUAAACAUAUAAUAUGUGAAUUACAUUAAAUUACAUAAAAUUGAUACGAUUCGCAUCAAACUUUAAAAAAAAAUUACAAAACCAACGGCGUCAUUAUAUUUAAAAACGAAUAUAUAUAUGAAAACGAAAAUACAAAAUUUGGAAUAUAGAGCGAAUUAUACGAUUGCGAAUUUGUAACGGAUGUUUCAAAGCAAUUCGCAGCACACACAUGCAACGAGGAAAGAGAAAUGUAAUUGAAAAACAUUGCUCUGUUGAUGCGUACGAGUAUAAAGAGAGUAUGAUUAUAAAGAGAGUAUGAUUAUAAAGAAAAAAAAUAUAUAUAUAUCAUUUGGAACUGAAAAAAAUUUAUAAUAAAAUUUUCUUGUACGAUAAUUAUUUAUUACACGAUAAGCGCAAAUCAAAUGACGGUGCUGAAUCGAAUAAUUAUUAAUUUAUAUACAUUUUUUGUAAAUACUAGAAUUUUAGCUAAUAAAAAACAUUGUAAAAUUUCGCUUUGUCGUACAUAAGAUAAAUUUUUUCCCAUUUUUUAUUCACCGACAUUUAUUUAAAAUGUUAUCGUUGCGGAAUAAAAUGCCAUAUGUACUAAAUACUACAUACUAUUAAAACGCAGAUGAUAUAUAUUCCUUUUCUAAUCUUUUUUAAAAUUUUUUAAAUAAAUAUCUUCAUCAUAGCAAUGAAAGGCACGAAAAUAAAGAAAACAUUGUAUCAAUUAAUGUCGUUCAGUUUCGAUUAUCGUGUCUCGUAACAACGGAGUUUUAUUACAAUGUCAUAGAAUAACAAAACACAAUUAUUCACUUACUUAUAAUUAAUCAUCACAUCGAUUUACUUGAUUGAAAUCUCUUUAAUUGCCAAAUAAAAGAAUAAGAAGCAUCAUACACACACAGCAUGAAAGAGAUACUCUGCAAAGUUGGAUGACAGUGCGUUCACACAAAGCGUGUAACAUGCCGAGAAUGUCCUUCACCCUAUUACAUGUAAUGAUAUUAUUACUGCAAUCGUUAUUGCGAUACGACGAAUGUUUCAUAAACGGGAGCAGUUAAUGAGACGGUUAUAAAGUAUGAAAACUGCUUCCAAUAAUCGAUCAUUUCGUAAAGAUAUCUUAUUAGAGCACGCUAUCCACUAGCUCGCUAGCAUCGCGAAUUUAAAAUGCGCAUCUUUCGAAAUAAUUAAAGUACAACUAGCAGUAUUGUUUUCUUUCUUUUCUUUUAUUUUUUUUCAGUAUUCCUUACCUAUAUGUUACAUCAAGAAAAUAUAACGAUUAAAAAUCCUUAAGAUGCUAUUAGAUCGUCUUAUAACGUCUAGUAGGAUACGAUACACGCGCACGAACCAUUUGUUUUUCCAGAUUGCUAAAUAUUAAAAAAAGACUUUUGGAAUUGUUGGCACACACACUAAUGAUUCUCAGAUUGAAUGAAUUUUCACAAUUCCUUUGUACAAUCUAAAUGAUGACAAUCAACGAUGUGACGCACAUUGUUAGAUACACGAAUGAAUUUAUGAAAAUAAAGUUUUCGAUCUACUUUAAAGCACCAUAACAUUUCAUUAAAAUUUAAGCGACUGCUCUAUGCAUCAUAACGUAUACAGAGAUUGUUGUAAAUUGCAAUAUGAAGAAUAUGCAACUUAAUAAAAUGAAAAGGAAAAAAAGAUACAAGUCUUUUAUUGUAUUCAAUAUAUUAUAAAAUGUGUAAAAUGCGUAUAUGAUGGACAUAAAACAAAGGCUAAUAAAAGCUUUCUCUAUCUAUCUCUAUUAGUGUUGCACAUAUACUAUAGAAUUAUUCAAAUUCACACAAACAGAUCGACAGUGAAAAUUUCUAUUUUAUCAACAUCCCAUCAUGCCUAUCUUAGCUUAUAGACGAACGGUAAUAGUUUUAUUUCUCUUUGAACAUCUGUUACUAUGUGACAAUCUUUACUGUGUGAAACUUGGAUAUUUUAAAGUUUUGCAUUAGGUAAGUUGACAUACGAAGUUUCUACUUUAUCAACGUUUGAUUAUACGUACCUAACGUCGUAAAGUCGAAAGGUAAUAUUUUGAUAUGAAUUUAAACCUUUUUUCUUUUCGUUUUGAUUUCCUUGUAAAACAUUAAUUCAUUUAUCUAUUUAUAUUAUAUGAUAUAUAUGAUAAUUUUAUCUGUUAUAUUUCGUGUUUAACGUAUGACAACUUAGCAUAGAAUAGCAUAGAAUGUUAAUAGUAAUAUCCCAGUUUUACAUUUUUAUACUGUUUCUGUUGCAAUUAUUUACAAAAAAAGAAAAAGAAAAAAUUGAAAUAGUAUAGAUAUCCUCUAGAAAUGUAAAGGCUUUUAUAUUUCUAAAACAUCAUUUGAUAAUAUAUUAGUUAUUAUUAUUACAAAACGUUUUCAAAUGCAUGUACAUAUAUCAUUUCUCAUAUUUAUUCAUGGCAAUGAAAGCACAAUUGACAUACUUUAUGAAUUUUCUUUUUUGCAUACAACGUGAAAAUUUGCAUGUAGUAGAAUUAGAUCAAUUUUGCCCUCUGAUAGGGAACGCGCGCGUGUGUGUAUGUGUUACAGUAUUAUAAUAUUUCGUAGCCUUACAAAGAAUUGAUGUGAAAAAUGGUCGUCUAAUUAAUUGGUAACUCCAAUAUUUUGUAAUAUAAAUAAUAAUGAAAUGAGCGAGAGAGAGAGAGAGAGAGAGAGAGAGAGAGAGAAUAUUUGCAUUGAAUUUAUAAGCGAUUUCAGUUAUUUCUGCGCAGCAAUCAAUUCGUAGUAAUUAUAACCGUUACAGUGCGCAUACCGUUCUCCCUUUUGAGCUUUUAAACUUUCGCUUCAAUAUCGUCAGGCGUUAUGCAGAUUAUCGUAAAAACAUUUAAACGCAUUAACGCCAGGGCUUUGCGCGGUAGUGCGCAAUCGUUUAUCGCAUCAUUCUCGCGACAGCGAAACUUUAUGCUCGCUAGUUUUUAUCGUAGAUUGAACUGAGGGAGUUGUGUUUUUCAAUUUAACCUGACUGUUUCUCGCUGUGCUGCUGUAUGAGGUGAUUACGAAAUUACACGAAUGCAUGCAUCACAUUUCGAUUAAAACGAACACGGGGAGUUCUUCUCUGGGAAAUACUCUCAUUGGAAAAUCCGGCGGUGCUACCACGAACAUCGGUGAUAAUAUCGUCCGCGGAAACACGACCACGUGAUCGAUAUUCUUGUAGCGAUAAAUAUUUCACGCCGUGCACGUGUCUUUCCGCGCAUUUGCGUAUUUAUUACAGAGCCGCGGUACUAAAUUGCGAGACACUCUGCCGUGGAUGAAAAGUAAUGAGUCGUGACUAAAAAAACUAUGUAAAAAAACUUGCAUUCUUUCUUGUGUAUUUUUUCACUUAUUCUAGAGAUAUCAUUCACAUCAUUCAUAUUAAAUAUUCUUUCAGUUAUUUUUUAGAGAAAUGUUAAUUAUAUUUAAUUUAAUUUAAUUAUAUUUAAAUUAUAUUUUUCAUGAUUUUGAGGAUAGGUUAGCAGAUUGAAUAAUAACGCAAUUAUUUAAUUCCUUCAACAAUUCAAAUUGUACGUAUCCAUAAAAAUAAAUAAAAAGGAAAAGAUUUUUUAUAUACAAUUUGAUGAAAAAGCUUUUCUUUAUAUUUUGUUUCUUUGGUAUAUUGAACUUUAACAUCCGAGUAUUAGGAAAGUUUCAAAUGUCUCUAAAAAUAUAUAAUUCUAAAAAUUUGGAGAAGUAAAAUACAUUGAUGCUAUUAAUCUAUGAGCUAAGACGUAAAUAAAAUUAAGAUUUUUUAUAAGCAAAUCAAAAUUUACAUUAAAAAUAAAUUUACAUCAAAUUUAUAUUAAAUGUCAAAAUAAAAUUUCAAAAUAACACAAAAGAUAAAUUGAUACGUCGAUGUUAUGACAAAUAAUGAUCCUGAUGUUAACUUACAUAGCGACAUAGUCUGAUUUGUAUCUUCCAGCAAUUCUUAGCGAAAUUAGUGGUAAUAUAUUAUCUGAUAUCGAAUAGAGAAGUCUUCAUUGUCAUCGUCUGAGAUCUUGGAUUUCGUUCUUAUCCUCGGACACAAGCGACGAAAACUUUACAAGAUAAACUCGGUCAGCGAUGUUCCCUCAACGUUUCCCGGAUUCACGUGCGUAUGCCGAAAACGCGAUUCCGUAAUCUCGCAGAAAGUAUAUAGUUGUACGCCUUCUUCUUCUUUAUCCUCCUCCCCCUGCUUCUUCUUAUGUCGUUUGAGAUAGCAAGAUAUAGAUACGAAAUGGGGCUUGGAUUGGGUAGGAGGAAAUACGGGAGAGUAGAUGAUGCGCCGUUGGAGGAAGGAUUUCGGAUAUCUCAUGGAUUCAGGGAGUAGCCGCCUGAGGCGUUCAACCAAUUAGCUAACUCCAUGGCACUUCUCCCUCGAAACCGCUAACGAAGAACCUAAGCGAACGAAGAAAACUAGGUGGUGUGGGACAAAAUCCACCUACUCCUGCGGAGACAACACUGCUUGCGUCAUGGAUUCGCUCGAGGAUAUUUCUCGGUGUUUCUGCUCGAACCUCCGAGGACAUAGAGUACAUAUAAAUUAUACUUGAGUCUGUACAUUAAGAGUCCCUUGAUAUUUUAAACGAAAGCUUCUUACAUGUGUAUGUAAUGUGUGAUGUAAUACAAGACAAAAACUUUUUUUAUUCUGAGGAUAUAAUAAAAUAUAAUUAAAAAUCGUC